AUGGAUGCGGAGUCGCCGGCACAGAGGGAGGAGCGGCUCAAAGAACUAUGGCACACACUCGACACCAAGCGGUCAGGCAGGCUCGACAUCACCGACCUCAAGGUCGGCCUGGCCAAGAUGAACCACCCCCUCAAAGAUGCAGAUGGCCUCAUCCGCGAUAUGCUCACGGCAUGCGACAUCGAUCACGACGGGCAGAUAACAUAUGACGAGUUCGUGAAAUUCUGCAAUCAGACGGAGAAGGAGCUCUGGGCGGUCUUUCAGACUAUCGAUCGAGACCGCAGUGGCAACCUGGACAAGGCAGAACUCUCACAGGCUUUUGAGCGUGCAGGCGUCACUGUGUCGAACGCUCGUCUGGAUCGCUUCUUCGGCUACAUUGAUAAGAAUCAUGAUGGCAAGAUUGACUUUGCAGAAUGGCGAGACUUCCUACUCUUCAUCCCGACCAACACUCCAGGCAUGAAGCAAAUCUUUUCCUACUACACGGCCGCCGUCAAACUCACUGCCGAGGGUGAUGUGCAUUUGACUCACGAAGCUCUCUCGGGCCUUGGUACGACCUUCCAGUUCCUUAGAUACUCCCUCUUCGGCGCCAUCAUCCAAAUAUAUGAUCCUCCACCACGCACAUCGUCUAGUAUACGCUACCCCACGCACGUCACAAGACCACCCGAACCAGACACUGCACUCUACGACACCGAUCACCCUUUCCACCUCAUCUACGAAGACGACGACCCACACAUCCCCACCAAGCCCGCCCGCCGAAAAGCAGCCCCAGCACCAGAUUCAGCACUUGAGGAAGAAAACUCAGAGGAACUGCAGAGACUCAAGCUGACGGAUCUCGUGCCGAAUCUAGGCUACUUUGCGGCGGGCGGUCUGUCUGGUAUUGUCUCGCGUACCUCUACCGCGCCACUCGAUCGGCUCAAGGUGUACUUGAUCGCGCAGACGGGUAGCGCUUCGCAGGCAAUCCAGGGCGUCAAACAUGGCGCUGCUAUUGAAGCUACUAAGGCUAGCGCCAGCACGCUGUGGAAUGCGUCCAAAGAAUUGUGGGCUGCGGGUGGUCUCCGGAGCUUGUUCGCUGGCAACGGUCUAAACGUUCUGAAGGUUAUGCCCGAGUCCGCUGUCAAGUUCGGCUCCUACGAGGCUAGUAAGCGCGCAGUCGCAAAAUUUGAAGGUCACAACAAUCCGAAGCAAAUCCGCCACACAUCACAAUUCAUCGCCGGUGGUCUUGCCGGCAUGGUCGCACAAGCCGUCGUUUACCCGCUGGACACGCUCAAGUUCCGCACGCAAUGCGAGACCGUCCAAGGUGCACCCAAAGGCAACCAACUCGUCCUCGACACCGCCCGCAAGAUGUGGCGCACCAGCGGCGUCGUGGGCUACUACCGAGGUCUCCCGAUGGGUCUAAUAGGAAUGUUCCCUUAUUCGGCGAUCGACCUCUUCGCCUUCGAGAACCUCAAGCAGAUGGUCGUGAAGCGCAACAUGCGGCUCCGCAACACCAAGCACGAGGAAGACGCGCUGCCGAACAACUUCUCGCUCGCGCUCAUCGGCGCCUUCAGCGGUGCGAUGAGCGCUAGUGUCGUCUAUCCCAUCAAUCUGCUGCGUACUAGGCUGCAGAGUCAGGGGACGACGCAACACCCGCGCAUGUAUACGGGCGUGAUGGACGUAACGCGACAGACGAUCCAGGGCGAAGGCGUCCGAGGAUUGUUCAAGGGAUUGACACCGAAUCUGCUCAAGGUCGUGCCGUCGGUAUCAAUCACCUAUGUCGUUUACGAAAACACGAAGACUGCUCUGCACCUCUCAUAA